AUCACCUUUUCUCGAAGGUCAACCGGUCCUUUCUUGAGCCCAACCCGUCUCUUUGGUCUUCCAGAAUGUCCUUCGUAACAUUAGAUGAUCAUGAAGAUGGUGAUGAGAAUGAUCAAGAGAAACACCAAGUGGUGACUGUUUUGCACAAGGGGCAGUAUUGGAUCCCAACCCCUUCUCAGAUUUUGAUUGGGCCCACUCAGUUCUCUUGCCCUCUUUGCUUCAAGACUUUCAACAGAUAUAACAACAUGCAGAUGCACAUGUGGGGCCACGGGUCGCAGUACAGGAAGGGCCCGGAGUCGCUGAGGGGGACGCAGCCGACGGCGAUGCUCCGGCUGCCGUGCUACUGCUGCGCGGCGGGGUGCCGGAACAACAUCGACCACCCGCGGCCGAAGCCGCUCAAGGACUUCCGCACCCUGCAGACCCACUACAAGCGGAAGCACGGCGCCAAGCCCUUCGCCUGCCGCAAGUGCGCCAAGCCCUUCGCCGUGCGCGGGGACUGGCGCACCCACGAGAAGAACUGCGGGAAGCUCUGGUACUGCGCCUGCGGCUCCGACUUCAAGCACAAGAGGUCCCUCAAGGACCACAUCAGGGCCUUCGGCAGCGCCCAUUGCCCUUGCGGCAUUGAUUGCUUUGACGACGAAGAGGACGAGCCCGCUUCUGAGAUCGAGCAUGAUUCUUAAUUAAUUAAUUAAUCACCUAUUC